CUUUGUCUAUAUCAGCCCCAGCCCUUCUCGCUGUCGCUUUUUCGGCCGCUUGGAACGUUCGCUCCCGGCGCGUUCGGCGGAGAGAACCUUGAGCUCCCCAGCGUUCUAUUCUUCAAAGGGCGCAGGAUCAGGCUAGACCAAAGGGAGGCAAGAUGAGGGAAAUCGUCCACAUCCAGGCUGGUCAGUGCGGCAACCAAAUCGGUGCCAAGUUCUGGGAGGUGAUCAGUGACGAACAUGGCAUCGACCCCACCGGCACCUACCACGGCGACAGCGACCUGCAGCUCGACCGCAUCAGCGUCUAUUACAACGAGGCCACAGGUGGUAAAUAUGUCCCUCGCGCCAUCUUGGUCGAUUUGGAACCAGGCACCAUGGACUCUGUCCGUUCCGGUCCCUUCGGCCAGAUCUUUCGACCAGACAACUUCGUCUUCGGCCAGAGCGGAGCUGGUAACAACUGGGCCAAGGGGCACUACACAGAGGGGGCCGAGCUGGUGGACUCUGUGCUGGACGUGGUGAGGAAGGAGGCAGAGAGCUGUGACUGCCUGCAGGGCUUCCAGCUGACCCACUCGCUGGGCGGCGGCACCGGCUCGGGCAUGGGCACGCUGCUGAUCAGCAAGAUCCGGGAGGAGUACCCCGACCGCAUCAUGAACACCUUCAGCGUGGUGCCGUCGCCCAAGGUCUCGGACACGGUGGUGGAGCCCUACAACGCCACCCUGUCCGUCCACCAGCUGGUGGAGAACACGGACGAGACCUACUGCAUCGACAACGAGGCCCUGUACGACAUCUGCUUCCGCACCCUCAAGCUGACCACCCCCACCUACGGCGACCUCAACCACCUGGUCUCGGCCACCAUGAGUGGCGUCACCACCUGCCUCCGUUUCCCUGGGCAGCUCAACGCUGAUCUCCGCAAACUGGCCGUCAACAUGGUGCCCUUCCCUCGUCUCCACUUCUUCAUGCCCGGCUUUGCCCCCUUGACCAGCCGUGGCAGCCAGCAGUACCGGGCCUUGACCGUGCCAGAGCUGACCCAACAGGUCUUCGACGCUAAGAACAUGAUGGCGGCCUGUGACCCCCGCCACGGGCGCUAUCUGACAGUGGCAGCCGUCUUCCGCGGCCGCAUGUCCAUGAAGGAGGUGGACGAGCAGAUGCUGAACGUGCAGAACAAGAACAGCAGCUACUUCGUGGAGUGGAUCCCCAACAACGUCAAGACGGCCGUGUGCGACAUCCCGCCCCGCGGGCUCAAGAUGGCCGUCACUUUCAUCGGCAACAGCACGGCCAUCCAGGAGCUCUUCAAGCGCAUCUCAGAGCAGUUCACCGCCAUGUUCCGCCGCAAGGCUUUCCUCCACUGGUACACGGGCGAGGGCAUGGACGAGAUGGAGUUCACCGAGGCGGAGAGCAACAUGAACGACUUGGUGUCUGAGUACCAGCAGUACCAGGACGCCACGGCCGAGGAGGAAGAGGACUUCGGGGAAGAGGCUGAAGAAGAAGCUUGAAGCUUCACCCACCACCAUAAACGCGCCCGCACAAAUUAAUUUUUUUUUAAAAAACAAACACACACCCACAUCGCAUCAUGUUCCAAUUUUCUUUUUCUUUCUUUCUUCCUUCUCAACUGUCUUCUCCAUCCAGGUUCCUCCAGGGCUGAGCUUACGCCGGUUCUGUGAUCUCCCAUGUAAACAUCAGCUUGGGCAUCGGAGUGAGAGAUGCCACUUCUGCUGUCUCUCCGCCCCUCAUCUGUCUUCUCUUCUUCCCCAGCACUAAGUUAUUGUGAGGUUCUGUCUCCAAUAAAAGUCAGAUCCCCUUUCUCUGUAACUGUCUACAUCCAAUGGCAUCUCUCCUCUGCUCUCUCUCAAAGAGGGAGUUUAAAUUUUGCUGAUUCUUCUCAGCCCAUGCUCAUCUCGCUGAGGUGUUCUUCAGGGAUGGGAGAAGAUGGAGCGUGGGGAUAACAGAGGGCUUGGUUGGAUUGUCUAAGAUCUGAAGUGUAACCCAAGGGAUGUGCAAGAUUAAAGUUCCCAAAGCAGGGUUGAUAGGUUGUCCCUUCUUUGGCCCAGUGGCCUAGCAACCUGUAGCCAGGUUGUGAGAGAGAGCUGACUUUUUCCUGCUCUAGCCUUUAUUGAUGGAGUCUUGCAUGUAGCUGUCAUCCUGUAGGUAGCAUCAGGCAGGUGUAAAACUCUUGUAGCAAAACCAGUAGAGGUGGGAGCUGUGAAGUGGAUUAGCAGGAACAACAUAAGUUGGUUUGUGGGAGCUCCCCCACCACUGGAGAAGGUGGGGGAUGUGAGGCAGGUCUGGACCUGAGGAAGUCUAGUUGAUUGCUUCUUAGACUGAGCAGAAGGUAGGAAGAGGUGGCCCUGAACUGGUUAGACCUUGCAGGUAAUUAAAUCACACCAGCAGCUGAGGAAGGUGAGAAGCAGGCCGGGCCUAGCAGAAACAUCUGGCCCUACUUGGGGGAAGGAGAUUCAAUUUGCUUUUGCUGUUAGCAAGUCCCUCUGCUGCACCUUCCUCCUCAAGGAGAAUGAGCUUGUGGCUGAAUGCAGUGGGACUUGGGGGAGGAGAGUCUAGUGGAGGGGAGAAGGGACAGAACCCAGGAGUCCUGCCCCCCCUGCUGGGGGAGGGGGACUCCAGGACCCCCGGGGUUAGAUUUAUGGGUCUGCUACUUGGGUGAGAGCUGCUCGGUCAAGAAACUCCUUCCCCCUCCUGGCUGGACAUGAGCAUGUUUGCAAAGCUGUAGGAGAUGCUGGAGCCCUGGGACAAAACCCCCCUAAACCUGUCUCUGUACGACCCUGCUCAAUGUGUCCCGUUUGAAGGUCCCACCCACCAGGUGGGUGGAUCUAAGUUCUGGAGCUGCCUGGCCUGCCCACACCCUCAAAGGGUGCGUCCCUGGCUUCCCCUAGUUAAUAUGCUUUCUGUUGGGGGGUCAGCCCCCAGCUUUUCCAGGCGGGGGCAUCCCUCCCCUUUUCAUUUCCAUUCCUGACCCUAUGCUGAGGAUUUGGCCCACAGAUUUUAGAGGGGGGGGGGAUUCUCUUCCUUGUAUCAAUUUGGCCCCAGAUCAGGGGACCCCCCAUACCAUCCAUCUCCCCCGGUGCCCUAGAUAAGUCAACUGAGCCAUGUUCUCCAGGGAUGAAAGGGCACCAAGCCACAGAGCCAUGGUUGAGGGAGCUGGUCUCUACCAUCUCAGCAGCUUUGGGGAAAGGGCCAGUGCAGGCCAUGCGGCAGAAUGAAAAUCUCAGCCUAGGGCCCCUCUUGCCCUAUCCCACCUGACUCAUUUCUUCUCCAGGUUGGGGGAUGGUCCUGCUGGAAGCAAAGUGGGAGAGGCCCUGAGAGCUGGUUACAUUGCAGUGAAUCGAGUCCAGCGAGCAGGGAGGGGGUGAGAGCCGGGGCGGGAGGGGGGGCAAACCUGUAGCUGGGGAGGGGAGAGGCUGUGAAUGUAGAUUGUCCCCAUGCCCAUGUUCUCUGGGGCUCAAUUGUACCCCAAGGUCCUGCCACCGGGAAUCAACCCCCAGCUCCCACCAGCUGAAGGGAGACAACAGCCCUGGAGGAAUUGAAGGGGAAGAGAGUGGGGGUGGGGAGACCCCCACUGCUGUGGGUUCCAGCUGGCAGGUGACAAUACAGCUGGAGGUCCCACCCAAUGGGCCCCCCUCCACCUGGUCUGGCUUCAGCUCAACUCGGUCCUGUCUGGCUCUGUCUUAUCAGCUCAGUGUCUGUCUUUUUUUUUUUCUUCCUCUCCUCUCGCUUGCUCCAUCUUUCUCGUUUUUUUUAACUGCUUUUUUCAUAUUGAAAAGACGACGUUCUGCGAAAGAAUAAACCAAUUUUUUUUAAAUUUU